GAUAUGCGGUGUGGUAGAGGCAUUAUACCACAUGGAAAAUGGACGUCGGAUUAUAUUGUCUCCGCAAGAUAUCUAUAAUCAUUUGAUAAAAACUGCCGAAGAAGAUGAUGAAGGUCGUAGUGUGUCUGAUACAAUUGUCUGGCUGAGGGAGAAUGGUUUUUUAUUAGAACAAGAUUGUCCAUAUGUGGGAACAUUUAUGCCAUCGAUUCAUACGCGGAAGAUAUUUUUAAAGAUCACCACUUACCAACGCAUAAAUCUUCUGGAAGAAAUAUCGGUCAAAAAAGAAAAAAACAAACUCUUACACAAGCGAUUAGAAUCGGCGGUUAGAAAUACACCUGUUGUGGCGCAAAUGGUUUGGUUACCAGAGAUGAAAAAAUUGAAGGGGAUGGUAUAUACUCUGGUCCUAUGAAUGCAACAGAUUUUGAUCUUAAGAAAGAAGAAAGACAUGGAGUGAUUAUUGUGGGAUACGGACAGCAAAUAGAAAAUAACAAAUCGAAGAAGAAUUGGUUGGUGAGGAAUUCUCAUGGAGAGGAAUGGGGUGAUAAAGGUUACUUCAAGUUUGACCAAGCACCUUGUCAUGCAAGACUGUUAAUUGAGUGCCAUGGAAGACUGUUAAUUGAGUGCGCUUGGAUCAUCUCUGGCAUGGCAUAGAGAAACAAGACGGUGUCUAGAUUAGAAAAUUUAACUUCUCUCUUUUAAGUAUCUAUUCUUCUUUUUCUCUUUUAAGCUAUGCAUCUAUUCCUGUAGUAAUUGGAACUGAAACUUUGUGGCUAAUGCUAUGUUAAUUUGAACUGAAA